UUUCAUUACCAGCAAUCAAAAAUGGCGCAUUUGACAACAGACCCGAGUAAUGAAAGCAGGUGGAUUGUUGUGUACCCAAACUUUUUGAACAGUCGAAAAACUAUAAAAGAUGGCAGAAAAAUAGCAAAGUCAAAAGGAGUAGACAAUCCAAGAUGCAAUGAAAUGAAAGAUGUUCUACAAUAUCAUGGAUUUAACUGUAUUGUUGAAGAGCAAAAGCAAUAUCCAAGAGAUAGUGCCAAAGAUGCUCUAUGUAAAGGCAGAGUAAGAAUACAACUAAAGAAUUCUGAUGGCACACUCUUUAACCCAAAUUAUCCAUCACGAGAGUCAUUAAUGAUACUUCUUGGUGAAAUGAUUCCAAAGUUAAAAUCAAGGCAAGCCAAAGGUGCCGCUGCUGAUACAAUAAGCCAGUCAUCAAAAAAGGGAAAAGAGAAGAAGAAGAAAUAGAAAUAUAUGUUUACUGUAAUAUUAUCAUAAUUAUUAUUGUUUCUUUAACUAUGUUGGACAUCAUCAAAUUUGUUUUUUUGAAGAUUUUAAAGACUGUAAAUCCUUAGCAUUGCACCACACAGUUACCCAUCAUAGAGAGGCAAUCAACUAUAUAUUACCUAUGGGCAUACUACUGGUUUACAUACUUGACAUCAAAACAAUUAAAUGUUGCCUAUUCAUGAACCUGACCUUGGCAAUGACCCAGUCAGUACAAAAAGAAAUAAA